AUACCGAGCCAUUGGUAGUGGGUGCUUGUAAAAGUGCGGUGGUGUGUCGCGAUACAGGACAAUCUGUCUGUUUUUAUUGAUAAACAUAUGUAAAUAUUACAUCUGAUAAAGUUUUAGUGUCGCUGCGACACAUGUGUUCGAUUGCGCCAUUUAAAAAUAAUUUUACCGACAUUUUUAUGUGAGAAACCUAUUUUGUGAGUGACGAAAUUAAAAAGAUUUCAAACUAAGGAAUUGAGAUGACAUGUUGGAAAGACAACAACAAGAAGGUAAAUGAAUAAUUACAAACAAACAUACAAAGAAACGAAGACGAACAAAGGAAAGAUAAACAAAACAAAGAAAACAAUUUGACGGAAGGUAAAACAAUAAUUGAGAAAGAUGGACAUCACUACAGCACGGGCGAUAUCCAUGCUCACAUUGGGCUUGGGAGCGUUCUUCUCAGGAAUGUUACCAGCGUGUUUCUCAGAGGCAGCGAGACAGAGGCACCCACUCCUAUUAUCCUGCCUCCUCUGCUUCGGGGGAGGAGUCCUGCUAUCAACCUCCUUGGUCCACAUGCUCCCAGAGACCAGGGAACGGUUACCAAAGUACUCAGAACUGACGCUAUGCAUCGGUUUCUUUACUGUGUACCUGGUGGAUGAGCUGUCUCAUCUCUUCUAUAGAAGUGAGAACCAUGAGAGGCACAAUCCUGUUGGUGAGCAGACGAGGUUGCUGCCAAGAGACCAUGAUGGAGAGAUGAGGGAGAGAGAAGGAACUUCGGAGCUUUGUCAUGUGAGCCAUGCGGAGCCUUGUAAUAGGAACUCCUCGAGUGUCGUGGGUUUGCUGUCUGCGUUGUUCGUCCAUAGUGUGCUUGAAGGACUGGCUAUUGGACUACAGGAAAGCGCUACACAGGUGCUUCUCCUGUUAGCAGCGGUGAGUUCUCACAAGUUCGUGGUUGGCUUUUGUUUGGGUGCAGAACUUUGUGAGAAUUUCCCGAAUCGGGCUUGUGCACACAUCAUGUGCAUCGCACUCUUCAGUGCGGGAUCUGUCGCUGGAAUCGGGAUAGGUGCGGGAUUGGAGUCUGUCAACUCACUGAAGGAUUCCAUUGCUGUGCCGGUUAUGCAGGGCUUGGCAGCUGGUACGCUACUGUACGUCACAGUAAGUGAAGUCCUUCCCCGCGAGAGGGCGCGCUGGCAUGAACGCAAGAGGAGCGCAGGAUUAUUACAGUACCUUUCCGUUGGACUUGGUUUUGGUUUGAUGUAUUUGACAACAGUAUAUUUGGAUCAUGACGCUGCAUAAAUACGAUAGUGAAUGAUAAAUGAGCGACGUGUGACGUUUAGUACUUAUUUGUACUGGAAUUAUUGCGUUUUUAAUGAAGACUUGUAUUUUUAUGUUUGUAAGAGCAGUUAAUUAGUUAUAAUAAGGUCCACAAUAUUAUUAAUAUUAAAUUGGAAUAGAUAAGACUCUGUGUCAUCCCUAACUGGGUUAGGGAACGACCGGGAAAUAGUAGGAAUGUUUAUGAUUAUAAUAAUAAUUUGAUUCCUAUAAGGAUAAUUCGAAUAUAAGAUGACAAUAAAAGAAUUUUUGCUA